AUGUCGCACAUGGCUGACUACGCCUGGGCGCCUCUUUUCGCCGCUCUCGACAAGACACAUCAGAAACUCAUCCCGAAGAAGACACUCCGAAAGCUCUCAAAGUUCCAGGGCGAGCAUACCUUUACGGGAAGCGCUUACUAUCCUCCCUUCGAUACUGCAUCGCGCAACAUUACUACCUGGUUAUCCGAGGAUCUUACUAUUGGCGCAGAGUCCUAUGACGAAAUUGUUAUUGGCGGUCCAUCUCAGUCCCAGGAGUCUUUCAACCCUGCAGUGGUCCAGUGGAAUACUGGAAACGAGAUCUCAUUCAUCUCUUUAUACCCAACCGAGAUGGCUCUCCAAUCCCGCGUCAAGCCCGGCAAGCUCAGUUUAUCGUACCCCUACGGCAAUGCCAGUUCUGUAUUCACCUUUGUCGUCGGUACCUUUGAGAAGAAGCGUACUGUCGCUAGCUGGGAUGACAUCCAGGGUCUGGAGGUGAAGGUUUCCGGCAACAUCAAUUCUACAUACGCACUUUCAUUUGCUGGAGGGUAUGGUGGUGCGGACAGUCUUAUUCGGGAUUUUGAGUUUUGGAACUUCACGUACACGAUGCCUUCCGGCUUUCAGGGAGUUCCCUCUGUAGAGCUUGACUUUAAGCUCAUUUAA